UACUAUCAUCGUCGUCAUGAUUAAAAUAUGGUCAAUGAAGAAGGACACUGAGAAUGGCGCUAAGAAGAAGCCAAAGACUUCUGCAGCCCAGUUGAGAGUCCAAAAAGACAUCACAGAACUAGAACUUCCCUCUACGAUGUCCACACACUUCCCGAACCCAGCAGAUCUCCUCAAUUUCGAGCUCAUCAUCAAGCCAGAUGAGGGGAUGUACAAAGGCGGAGCUUUCAAAUUCACCUUCAAUAUCUCUAAUAACUACCCGCACGAAGCACCAAAAGUCAAAUUGACACAGAAAAUAUACCAUCCAAACUUAGACCACCAAGGAAACGUAUGCUUAAACAUCCUUCGCGAAGACUGGAAACCUGUACUCAAUCUGAACGCUGUUGUCGUCGGUCUUCAGUAUUUGUUCUUAGAGCCAAACGCAGAAGAUCCUUUGAAUAAAGACGCCGCUAAGGAUUUGCUAGCAGAUCGCAACCAAUUUAAAGCCUGGGUCAGAUCGUCGAUGUCAGGCAGGCCCGUCAAGGGAGAGCCUUACGAUAACGUGAUGGCAUAG